AUGAUUCCAGUGUGUCAGAAAAUGCUGCAAAACCUCUUCCUAAAAUGGACAAGGUGUCGAGUACAUCCAGAAGAGUUUUGGCACACUAUGUUUAACACUGAAAUGCGAAACACUCUUUUGCAUAUUCUUUGGAGAGAUCUUGUCAAGAAAGCAUUUCUUCAUGGACCCGCAAUUGACGUUCCAGUACUCUGCCUUGAUGGUGAAAUUCCUCGGCGGUGUAAUUUGUUAGACUUCCAGCAACCAGGCCGGCCAUUGGUGAUAAACUUUGGGUCAUGUUCCUGACCAGAGUUCAUGGUGGACCUACAACAGUUUAAUAAAAUGGUCCGCCGCUAUCAGGGACAAGUCGACUUCCUUGUUUUAUACAUCGAAGAAGCACAUCCAGUGGACGGUUGGGCGUUUAAGAACAACCCCAAGAUACUUCAACACCGAACUAUAGAAGAAAGGUGCGCGGCUGCUAAGCUUCUUCAGCCUUAUUGUCCUGACGAGGUUUCAAUAGUUGUUGAUACAAUGUGCGACGCUGCAAAUGCCGCUUAUGGUGCCAUACCGGAAAGACUUUACGUCAUCAAGGAUGAUGUUAUAUCAUACCAGGGAGGGGUAGGACCUUUUUCAUACGAUCUUGCAGAGGUGGAAACUUGUCUGACUCAGAUAUUUCAAGAACAAAAUUGA